AUGGUCCGCAUCACUGGCCUCACCAUCCUUAUCGCAGCCCUCUGCACCCUUCUCUUCGCCGUCCCCGCAGUCGCAGAAUCCGAAUGGGACUGGACAAUCUACAAGUUCUCCUGCCUGAAGAAGGACUGGCGCAUCGUCAACGCCAUCGACGCCCUGUGCAAGAAGAACUUGCACAUGCCCAGCGCCGAUGCCUCCAUCGGUGUCUCCUUUGACGGUGGCCGCAACAAGGUUACCGUCAGUGCUGCCCCUCCUUGCUGGAAUGAUGGCAGAAUCAACUCAAACAGUAAUGUAUGGAUUCCCCAAUACUGGUGCGAGAGACAGUUUUGGAAGACUUGUGCGCAGGGAAAUGCUCAAGGAAGGGGUUACCAGAUCUUUGGCGCUAGACAGUGUCAGACUUUCUGGAUUAGUGAUUUCAAGUAUUAA